ACCAGUUGGCCGGUGACACAGCAGGAGGCGGAGGGGAGCAGUGAAGCCAAACCGGAUCCUUCAUGAGGGAAGAGGCCAGGGACAGGCACUAGCCCCGGCUUCUCUUCUCUUCUCUCAUAUUAUUCUGCAUUGCAAGCCACGGGAGCCCAAAUAGGGGGCUGAGUCAGUGUUCGUAGGAUGUCCCGUCAUGAAGGUGUGAGCUGCGACGCGUGUUUAAAGGGCAACUUCAGAGGUCGACGGUACAAGUGUUUAAUUUGCUACGACUAUGACCUGUGUGCGUCAUGCUACGAAAGCGGUGCAACCACGACCAGACACACCACAGAACAUCCCAUGCAGUGUAUAUUAACAAGAGUUGACUUCGACCUGUACUAUGGCGGAGAGGCGUUCUCGGUGGAGCAGCCUCAGGCCUUCACCUGUCCCUACUGCGGCAGGAUGGGCUACACAGAGAUCUCCCUGCAGGAGCACGUGGCUGCAGAGCACACGGAAACCUCCACUGAAGUGAUAUGCCCCAUAUGUGCAGCACUGCCAGGUGGCGACCCAAACCACGUGACGGAUGACUUUGCUGCUCAUCUCACACUUGAACACAGAGCCCCGAGAGACUUGGACGAGUCGAGCGGGGUGCGGCACGUGAGGAGGAUGUUUCACCCCGGGCGUGGGUUGGGGGGCCCGCGAGCCCGCAGGUCUAACAUGCAUUUCACCAGCAGCACCACAGGGGGGCUCUCCACCAGUCAGAGCUCCUCACAGAGCUCCAACUACAGCAGAGAGGCCAUGGAUCCCAUAGCAGAGCUCCUGUCCCAGUUGUCGGGGGUACGGCGUUCGGCGGGGGGCCAGCUCAGUUCGGGUCCCUCUGCCUCGCAGCUCCAGCAGCUUCAGAUGCAACUCCAGCUGGAGCGCCAGCAGGCGCAGGUGGCGCGCCAGCAGCUGGAGACGGCCCGAAACGCCAGCCGAGGGGGCGGCCGAGCCAACGCCAUCCUCAACACGAAUUCGACCGCCGCAAACCCCAACCCCAGCGCCAACCACACCAACAACCCCAGCCCCCACCCGGGGGCGACUGAGCCCAACACACAGCACACGGCACACAGCUCCCAGUUUCUACUCAGCAGGCUGAGCGAACCGCGGCUAUCUGAGGUGGAACGGCAGGCAUGCGAGGCCCAGUGGGCCGACAGGAGCCUGUUCGUCACCGAGCUGCUGCUCUCCACGCUGCUGCCCGACGACGAUGCCUCGGCCUCCUCCUCCGAAGACGAGGACGAUUGUCACGGCUCGUUGCGAAACUUCGCCGACUUCGAGGCCAUGGGCUGCGUGGAGGUGAUGACGUUGGACGUGGCCCUGGAGAACCUCAACCUCAAGGAGACGAGCCCCGCCCCGAAGAAGACGAAACUGGCGACUAAAACGGCACCCGCCAAGAAAGAGCCCCCCGCGCCGCCCCUUUGAUGACAUGGCCGCUCCCUUUCCCCCUUCAAUCCACCAUUGUGACUAGCCGACUGCUCCGUCAGUCCAACUGCCAAUGGAUGACAAAGACUGCAGUUCUUCAUGGCUUUUUUUUUUUGUUUUUUUUUCUCAGU